AUGCAUGCCGACGAUGUCGAAAGAGGCGAAGGGGACAAUAUGUCUUUCAAGAACAAAUGGCCGGGUUUAUUCGGGCUCUUACUUGUGAUAGCUGGUGUGGUGCUCAUUAUAAUACCAUAUACUCUUUACAUUGGCUUGGCAGUAACGUGCCUGGGGGUCUCCACUUUGAUCCUAGCAUUGUGCCUGGCUUGCAAACCCAGUCACGUAACUGUGCCGGGUCACUGCAUUCUACACCCACGAACAGGGACCUGCUACACCCCACAUCAAGCACUUGCAGUGCAAAGGAGGCUGGAUAGGAUCCGCAGGGCUGCGGAAGAGAAUCACAACGCAGUCCAGACGCCCCCAUCAUCAGACACUAAUCAACUGAGCCUGCCUGGAACCCCCCCUCCCUGGCAAAUGGAACCUCCACCAUCCUACGAGACUGUUAUGAAGACUACAACAGCUAUUGACCAACAAUAAACAACCACUACAGUAUCUAAGGGUACCAAUAGGAAGAAGCCAAUGUUAACAGAGAACUGAAUCUCAACAAGUUGUAUAAGGACAAGUUGUCCAGGUCUACUACAUCCCCUCCCGUCAUCUUCGGUCUGAAAAUGAAGGACGCCUGCUUGUUCCACCAAAUAGCUUGCAAAACCCUCUACACAUUCAGUUCCCCUGUGGUGGAAUUAACUGCCAGCCUCCACCCGAACUGCAGCAUCCUUCACAACUUUCAAAAAACAGCUCAAAACAUACCUGUUCUGCAUUUAUUUGACUAACCAAUAACUGUCUGACUGUCUGUCUGUCUAAAAAAAUGGUUGUUGUUGUUCAUUCUCUCCAUGCUUACUCCAGCUUUAAUCCUCCUAGUAGCAUGGCCUUGUAAACUAACGGUACUAUUUAGUGUGUUGGCAAAAUGUGUAUAUGAUCUCCUACUUGUAAGCCGCUUUGGAUAAAAACGUCUGCCAAAUGAAUCAAUGUAAAUGUAAGGAUAAAGGAAUUUUUAAUUGAAGGUCAUGGUCUUCAGGGACCAUAUUGAUGUGUCUUGAAGAUUAUGCUGUGCCUUCAUUGACAAUUCAUUGUUUUGUAUUUUCUCUCAGUAAUCGUUUCACCCACAUUUUCCUGGGAAGACAUUACAAAAUGCUGCAGAAUGACAUGCAGGGAAUGUUUUUGGUAUGCAUCUGAUUCAAGUUUUACAUCAUAUUUAGCACUUUUUGCUACUUGAGCAACCUGACUGAAUUUCCAGUUUGAGCACACUACACACCGCUUGCCUUGAAGAACCCAGGGAAAACAUAUACUGUAAGACUAUUGAAUGUUUUGGUUUUGGCAGUGCCAACCUUUUACCUGCAUGUACAUUUUAAAGGGACUGUUAUCUGUAAGUCAUGUCUGUUCUACUAUUACCCAGCUCACAUUUGUCAUGAUGUCUUGUGGCUGUAAACCACAGUUUUACAGUAACAUCUAACAAUCUUAUUAGAUGACGUUCUUAUUAGACAACACAUUUUUUAUGUUUUGUUUUAUUAGUAGGAUUGAGGAAAUGUGCUUUUUUCCUGUAUGUUCCAGACACUGUCACUUUAAAAAGCUUGCCUAUAUGUUUUGUCUGUGUGGUAAUGUAUCUGUAUUCAUUGUAUCUCACUGAUUUAUUAUUACUGAAGAAGUCUAUUUCAGUUAUGUUUGUUAAACAUUAUUUUGUUCAAGUGUAUUUUAUAUCCUCAGCAU